AUGCCGGGGCAGCCCGCCUCCUGGAUCGCCGCCGCCGCCGCCGUGCUGCGGUCCGCGGCGGCCAGCGCAGGCGGCGCUGGGGAGGGGGCCGCACAGGGUGAGGGAGAGGAGCCCGUGAUCUCCUUGGAUGAUGUCCCGCCCGACGCGGGGCGCGCCGGCGUCGCGCUGCCGGCGCUGCGCGUUGGCGUGACGGCGCGCGACGGCAGGCCGCUGCGGCGGCUGCCGCCGACGAGGCUGGAGGUGCGGCUGCUGAGGUGGCAGGAAGCGGAGGAGGAGCGGCAGCAGCAGCAGCAGCAGCAGCAGCAGCAGCGGCAUGAAAGGCAGGCGGAGGGCUCCAGGUGGGUGCCCGUGGAGGAGUAUCGGAAGACCCUCGCACCCAUCCGCUCAUUCGGGUCGCGCGCUAGCGGCGCCGCUGUCCCCGGCGGCGGCGACGAGGCGGGCCCCAGCAGUGGCGGCGGCGGUGGCGGCGGCGGCGGGGCGGACGCCGCGCGGCGCGGCGUCGUCCCGGCGUUCGAGGCGGCUGAAGGGGCGCUGCGGGUGCCGCCGCGGCCGGGGCGCUACAAAUGGGUGCUGCACUACCCCGCAGAGGGCCUAGCCGUCCCGGACGUGGAGAUGGGCCCCGUCCGCGUCGCCGCGGGCGGCCCGCGCCGCCUGCGCGUGGCGGGCGUGGAGGCGGGCGUUGAGCCGCAGCUCGAGUUCGUGGCGCGGCCCGAGCUGCGCAACCGCAGCUUCCCGGGGGCCGCGGUCUUUCUGGCAGACGCCUUUGGCAAUCCGGCGCGCUUCGGCUGCCUCCCGCCCCAGCUGCUGCUGCGGGGCGGCGCGGCCGGCGGCAGGGCCGGCGGCGGGGCCGAGGGGGAGGGCGGCGGCGCCGGCGCCGGCGCCGCGGAGCGGCCAGCGAAGCGGGCGCGCAAUGGGGUCGCAACGGCCUCGCCGGCGAUCGGCGGCGGGGCCGACGUCGCAUUUACUGACGGCCGGGGCUGGGAGCUCAUAGUGCACCUGCGGCACCAGGCCCCGCCACCGGCGCCCGGCGACGCGGCGCCGCCGCGGCAGUCCGCGGACUGGGAGAUCCUGCGGGCGCCGCUGGACGCGGCUGGGCGAGGCGCGGUGCCGCAGCUGCCGCUGGCGCGGCUACCGCUGGCGGAGUCGGGCGUGUAUGUCAUCGUGGGCCGCGCCCAGAGGCACCACCACCACCACCAGCAGCAGCAGCAGCAGCAGCAGCAGCAGCAGCGAGGAGGGGACGGUGAUGGCGGCGGCGGCGGCGGCAGGAGCGGCGCUGAGGUGGUCGUGGUUGAGGCGGUGCUCGCUCAGUUCCAGAUAGCCUCGGCCGACGCCGCGUCGCUGCUCAGCCAGCUCUCGCAGGCGCGCUCCGCACUGCGCCGCCUGCGCGACGGCGCCGUCACGCGGCGGCGCGACGCGGGGGGGCUGCAGGCAGAGGCGGCGCGUGCGGAGGGCGCCGCAGCGGCGGCGGAGGCGGAGGUGGCCGAAUUGGAGCGCAGCUGGAACGCUCUGCAGGCGCAGUGCGCCGUGCUGCUGCAGUCAGUGGAGAACGCGGUCCAGCAGCGGGUGCAGCUCGGCCCGCAGCAGCCGUCCCCGCUGCUCCUCGUCCCGCGCAACGCCCCACACACGCUGCUGCCCGCCGCGCUCGCCGCUGCCCACCUCGCCGGCGGCGUCCUCGGCCGCGUGAUCUGCCUCGGAUCCGUCGAGCGCUCCGACGUCAACCGCACGAUCUGCUCCAUCCUCGGAGGGUCGGUGUACCGCAUCGCGUGCGUCGGGGAGGCUGGGACCGCGCUCGCGCGGCGGCACUGGCCCGAUGUCGGCCGCUGGGACCUUGCAAACCCCGACAUGGCGACGUCCUUCACGUGCGCGCCGGCGGCGCCGGCCGCGCACCUGCAGCGGCCGCUGGCGCCGCCGCCGGACCUGGUUACGCUGUGCGACCAGGUGCUAGAUCUGCACAACUACCAGCCGGGCGUCGGCUUUGUGGGGUUGGCGGCGAAUCUCAUCCACCUGACUCAGGAGCAGCUGGCUGUGACUGUCGACGUGGCAGCGGCCGCACACCCCGGGCGGCCCCACACCCUGCAGCGCCCCGCCAACGGCCAGCCCCUGGCGCGCCUGGGGCUGCGGCAGACGCUGUGGCACUACCUGCUCCGUAACUGCAUGCUGUUUGAGACGUCCCAGCACAUGACAGCGUUCAGGCAGGCGCUGCGGGCGCGCGGGAGGGGCGUGCCGCCUUGGCUGAAGCUCUACUCUCUGGAUGGUGACAGCUACAAUAAGAUGAUCGGCCUCGAGGAGGCGCAAGGCCGUGCGUACCAGGGACCCCUGUUCAGCGGCGUGCCGGCGGCCGCAAACGCGGCGGCGCCCCUCGACCUCCGCCUCAAGUACCUGCAGGAGCUGUCGGACCGCGCCCAUCAGCAGCAUGGGGCCGCAGACCACAAGCGCCAAGAGGCCGCGCAGCGGCGAGCCGAGGCCGCCGCCGCGCGCGCCGCGGCGCAGGAGGCCGCGGCGCGGCUGGACGCGGCGCAGCGGGAGCUGGCGGAGGAGGAGGGCGGCCUGGCGCAGGCCGAGGGGCGGCUGGUGCGGGAGCUGGUGCAGCUGGGGGAGCAGCCGCCGCCGCAGCCGCCGCCGCCGGGGGAGGGGGGUGUCGAUGGGCACGACGCCGGCGGCGGCGGCGGCGGCGGCCGGGGCGGCGGAAGCACGCCGCCGGCGAUCACCAGGAGCGUGCAGGCGGCGGGGCGCGCUCGGUCGGCGGACCCGCGGCGGCGGCGGUGA